AUGACUGAAGAGAAACACUACUAUGAAUACAGGAGAGCUUUUGGAGUGGAAGUAAGAAUGCUGAAUGUAAUUGCGGUGCUGGCUCUGCUCGUGAUUGCAGAAGGUACCCCUCAAAAUGAAACCGUGCAACCACUGAACCGUGAACUUCCUGAUUCAUCUGUUGAAUACAACUUGUGCCCCCUUCCAGACCAAGAGUAUCCUUUCAGCACAGAUAUGGUCCCAUCAUACUGUGUCUGCAUGCACUGCAAAGGGCCAAAAGGGGACCUAGGUCCUAAAGGGGAUAGAGGAAACUCAGGACCACCAGGAAAGCCCGGCUUGCCUGGCAUGAAAGGAACUAUGGGACCAGUAGGUCACAUUGGCCCAAGAGGCUUCAGAGGGAUAAAAGGACAGAAAGGUGCUCGAGGCCCAAGAGGCAUGAUGGGACUCAAGGGGAUUCGAGGACGUAGGGGGUUCCGCGGACUUAGAGGUCUAAGGGGUAACCCAGGUGCUAAUGGACUGCCAGGUCUUAAGGGAAGUGCAGGUUUACCUGGCCAAUGUCCAACUACUUGCCAGACAUUAAAAGGAGAUACAGGACCCAAAGGAGAUGGAGGCUCCCAUGGCCCAAAAGGGGAAAUGGGUGAAAUUGGUUUGACUGGGCCUGUUGGCAGCAAAGGCGAAACAGGAAUCCCUGGACUGAAAGGGGACAAAGGAGAUAAAGGAGUAAAAGGUCAUCAGGGGGAACAAGGUAUUUGUGACUGUGUGGAUGGAGAGAAAGGUGAACAUGGAAGUAUUGGAGCCGCUGGACCACAGGGAAUCAAAGGAGAUCUAGGGCCGAAGGGUGAACAAGGAAAAAGAGGUGAACAAGGAGACAAAGGUGAACAGGGCAAAGAAGGUGAGAUAGGACCACCCGGCCCAUGUGUUCCUACUAUCCAAUCUGCAUUCUCCGCUGGACGAAGUCCUGAAGAAGGCUUACCAAAUCCAUUUUUCCCGAUACCAUUCACUGUUGUUUUCUACAACAUCCAAGGACAUUUCAAUCCUGCAGUUGGAGUUUACAUUGCACCAGUCAAUGGAACAUAUAUAUUUAGUUAUCAUUUGUCGAUAGAUGAAAAUCCUGUUAAACUGGGAUUAUUCAUAAACCGUAAAUUAAUUAUCAAAACAGCUAACAAAGUUAGCAGGGAUCACGUUUCCCAAACUUUAAUAGUACACCUUGAAGCAGGGGACAAAAUAUGGUUACAAGUAAAGGAUUCUAAUUUCAAUGGCAUAUUUGCAGACCAGGAUACAGACAGCACAUUCAGCGGCUUUUUACUCUAUCCCGAUUCCUGUUAUCCAGCUAUUUCCAGGGGAACAGUUCCAGGAUUUUCAGGAGGUUCUGAUUAUUACAAUCCUGACUUUAAUAGUAAAAACCCAACACAUUCUGAAGAUGAUGGCUCUGGUUCUGGCUCUGGCUCUGGCUACUACUCUGGUUCAGGGUCUGGCACUGGUUUUGAAUAUAGCUCUGGCUCCGGCUCAGGGUCUGGUUCCGGCUCCGGCUCCGCCUCCGGUUCUGGCUCCGGCUCCGGCUCCGGUUCCGGCUCUGGCUCUGGCUCUGGCUCUGGCUCUGGCUCUGGCUCUGGCUCCGACUCCAGCACUGGCUCCGGCUCUGGUUCUGGCUCUGGUUCUGGUUUUGAUUCAUAUGAGCCCAUGCCUACAAAUGCCAGUAAAGCCCCAUAA